AUGGCUAAACGCCCUAACUUCCUCGUUGUCGUCGCCGACGAUCUCGGCUUCUCCGACGUGGGCUGUUUUGGGGGCGAGAUUCGCACCCCCAAUAUCGAUCAGAUCGCAAAGGAAGGUCUGCGAUUCACCGAUUUCCACGCCGCUGCAGCAUGCUCUCCCACGCGAGCAAUGAUCAUGACUGGCACCGACCAUCACAUUGCCGGCCUCGGUAAUCUUAUUGAAUGGACCAACAUCUCUGGUCAAAAUGGUCCCAAGGGAUCUGCUAUGAGUACAGCCCCUCAGCGUGGCAUGCCCGGAUACGAGGGGUACCUAAACGAACGGGUCGUUGCACUGCCGGAGUUGCUCCGUGACGGCGGAUAUCACACAAUUAUGUCUGGAAAAUGGCAUCUAGGUCUAACCCCGGAGCGAUCCCCUCACAAGCGUGGUUUCGUUCGAUCAUUCGCCCAUCUCCCCGCCUGCUCCAACCACUAUGCCUACGAACCCGAGUUGCGAGAUAAGGACCAGAUCCCGACUUUUAUCGAAGCCUCGUAUAUUGCUCUGCAUAUGGAAGAUGGCGAGUACGUGCGCAAGCUGCCAGAGGACUGGUAUUCGUCCGAUGGUUACGGUGAUAAGAUGGUCGACUACAUACGCGAGUGGAAGGAGAGUGGUGGCAGCGCAGGUCCAGAUGGUGAUGGUGAUCGUCCUUUCUUUGGAUAUCUACCUUUCACAGCCCCUCAUUGGCCUCUACAAGCUCCCCGGGAGUACAUUGACCACUACCGUGGUGUGUAUGACGAAGGUCCUGAUGUGCUGCGCCAGAAGCGUCUCCAGCGCCUGAAGGAACUGGGUAUGAUCCGGGACGAUGUUGAAGCACACCCUGUCAACGCCGAGGAAGUUAAGCCUUGGGAUGAGUUCACGCCUGACGAGAAGAAGAAGUCCGCGACUGCUAUGGAAGUUUUUGCUGGAAUGGUGGAGUGCAUUGAUAGCAACGUGGGCAAGGUGGUCGAGUAUCUGCGCUCGAUCGACGAGUUAGACAAUACCUUUGUCUGCUUUAUGUCCGACAAUGGUGCCGAGGGAGCCGCGUACGAAGCCUACCCGAUGGUGCAGAACGGUGUGAUGCCUCACCUACAAAAAUACUACGAUAACAGUCUCGAGAACUUGGGCAACGGUAACUCUUUCAUCUGGUAUGGUCCGCGUUGGGCGCAGGCUGCUACAGCCCCCUCCCGACUCUACAAAGCCUACACAACUGAAGGUGGCGUUCGCGUCCCUUUUACAUGCCGCUUCCCCAAGGAUAUCAAUCUCAAUCCACAAGGUGUAACGGCUGGUGGUAUCACCGACCAGUUCGCUACCGUUAUGGAUCUUGCACCCUCCAUUCUGGAAAUGGCCGGUCUCAAACACCCGGCCCCAAGCUACCAGGGCCGUGAAGUCGUCUCCAUGCGUGGCCGUAGCUUCCACCCCUGGGCCAUCGGCGAGUCCGAGCGUAUUCACCCGAAGGAUUUCAUCCAAGGCUGGGAGACCUGCGGUCGGGCCGCACUGCGUUGUGCAGACUGGAAGAUCGUCUUCAUCCCCAAGCCAAAGGGCCCCGAAAAGUGGCAACUAUACAACCUCGCCAAGGACCCCGGCGAGAUACAUGAUCUGGCAGAUCAAGAGCCCGAGAAGCUGAAAACACUCCUCAAAAUGUGGGAUCAGUAUGUUUUGGAGACCGGUAUCAUUCCUCUCUGCCCCGAUUUGGGAGAUUUCUUGGAAGCGACUGAGGCACAAAUGCCUGAGAAUGCAUGGAUGGAGUUUGAUUACUGGAAGGAAGGUGCACGCGACACACCUGAGAAGUUCUCUCGUGAACCUCCCCGAUUCCAGCGAACGGUGAAGCCGUUCUAG